AUGGAGCGGAAUCCCUCCCGCCAUGAAGAAGAGCCUAUCCCACCGGUCGACCCAUUGGGUAUUGAGGACAGGCGAGCGCUGAAGAUCUUCCGCGACGGGGGCCAACCCAUCUUCACCGAUGCAAAACCAGCAUCGGCCAUGGAUGGAAAGGCCGACGUCCUCGACGUCAUCGCCAAGGUCACCCGCCGCGAGCCCCGCUGGAGCUACCUGCGUCGCCGCCAGGUAUUCCGCAUCACUUCCGGCACCACAGGCACUGUCAGGCCCUCUGGACCACUGGCGCAGCCUUCAGGGGGAAAUCGACCCUUCUGGAUCAGCCGGCGCCUCACGUACGCAGAUGGCUUGUCAUGA